AUGCUCUCCAAUCUGGUCCUCCUUAGCUGUGUGGGCAUAUCUUUACAUGGUGUUUUGGCCAAUGCACUGCAAAGGUCCAUUGGAAACCCCACCGACCCCAAAAUUCAGAACGUCGUUCACGAAUGUCUCAACACCGAUCCGUUGUCCGGGUUUGGGUAUCACAGAUGCCCGCACCUGUUGCGCUGUGCGCUUGACAAUCUACCGUCGGACAUCACGGCGGGAAUGCAAAGUGGAGCGAACAUCGCUUCGCUGCUCCCCACGAUUUUGGCACUCAUAGGUGCUUCUCCACUCGAACUUGUUCGGUUGGCCUUCACAUCUCCUCUCCGCGCUGUCGCAACAUGCGUGUUUGCAAUCGGACUUCCUUCUGCUGGACUCUUCCGCCAGCUGCAAACCCACCUGCCACACCUCGCCACCGACAACCCUGAUCAACCCGAAAAACGCGAGUGGCGCAUUCCUGUCGUCCGAACUAGAGUUGCUGGCCGAAUCCGCACCCUCAGGACCAUAGCGAUUGAUCUUGUAAUCCUCGCCUUGGCAGGAGUCAUGUUGUGGCGCAACGUCGUCAUUGGACUCCAGUCAAUGGUCACAUGGCGUUAUCACGUACAGUCAAGAUCCACCGGGCCAUCGAAGAACGCGGUUGGAUUUGUUGUUACUUCCAUAUCGCCAUCCAACGCCAAAGCCGAGCGUCGAAACCCAUGGCCAAGAACUCAAGUCACCGGCACAACGAACCGCUCCGACUCCUCCAGAGUAUGGCCAAGUUCCGGUCAUGGUCACCACCGUGCAGAUGCGUUUCAAAAAUUCAUGGGCUUGGUACGAAGCAGCUAUUGA